AUGAACAUUUUUUACAGUAGUUCAUUUAAUUAUCCAGCAAGAAUCCUAAGCUUCAUUUUUGCCAUUCAACAAGUCAACAAGAAUUCUCAGCUUUUGUACAAUCUCACCCUUGGCUACAAUAUCCACGACAACUAUAUGAACACCCUUGGCACUUCUGAUGCCUUGCUGGACAUGCUGUCUACUGGAGAAGCCAAUAUUCCCAACUACAGCUGCGGAAAGAAGGACAACCUAAUGGCUGUUUUUGAUGGAUCUCUGGAUGACAUCUCCAUUCAGAUGUCAACGUUAGUAGGCACCUACAAAGUCCCACAGCAAUUCUCAAUGGCUGGAGGUGUAGAACUUCUCAGAAGUGCCAUUUCUAAGUGGAAGCAAGUCAAUGUCUUUGUUCACUUCAUAGAAUUUGUUUCCCUUGUGGAUAGAGUUCGCCAUAUCCAUUUAACAAUUGAAGGUUUGCCAGGACCCAUUGAAGGGAAAGUCUGGAUCACCACAAUCGUGGAGAAAGUGGAGGAGAAAAACGGACAAGAAAGAGAGAUUGGGAGCACCAUGGCUAGAGCCAUGGCAGUCUCUGCCUCAGUCCAAAUGUGUGGACAAUUGUCACCCUGGAUUUGUAAAACGGGGUCGGAAAGAAGAACCCAUUUGCUGCUACGAUUGUAUUCCUUGUCCGGAAGGGACCAUAUCCACACAGGAAGACCAUCGUCCAAUCAUUAUUGGAAAUUUCUGCCCUUCCUUUUUGCCACUGAGGAGAUCAACAAGAAUGCCCAUCUCUUGCCUAACAUCACUCUGGGUUACAAUAUUUAUCAAGUUUUCUUCAAGGUAGAAAUGACUUCAGAUCCAUUGCUGGAUCUGCUUUCAGAUGGGGAGGCCAAUACUCCCAACUACAGGUGUGGACGGCAGAGAAACACGGUGGCUGUUCUGGAAGGGGCUGAGAUUGGCAUCUCCAUCCAAAUUUCAACCUUGUUGGGCACAUACAAAAUCCCUCAGAUUCUGAGGGAUAAAUCCCAGUUUCCUUUCUUCUACCCGAUGCUCCCUGAUGAAGGAGUCCAGUACCCAGGGAUGGUCCAGCUUCUCCUCUAUUUCAAGUGGACCAUGGUUGGUCUCGUUGCUCCAGAAACUGACCAGGGGGAGAGGUUCAUGAGGGCAAUGUCUUCUUUGAUGUUAAGGAACAGCAUUUGUGCAGUUAUCCAUCAACGCUUUCCACUAAAUCUGUAUCGGCUAGUUUUAACCUUGAGCAAAUUUUACAAGUGGAGAGAAGUCAACGUCGCUGUUUAUAGUUCAGAGUUAAUCUCCUUCCAUCUUGGAUUGUUGAUUCUAGAAACAGUAUUUCAACAGUUUCCCGGACCUUUUGUAGAGAAAGUCUGGAUCACCACAGCACACUGGGACCUGAGCCUCGAGUUAAUGAUGACUAGAGCUUCCUUUAAAUACAUUGGUGCCUUAUUUUCCUUCCUAAUACAGAAAAGUAAAUGGGCAAACUAUGAUGCUUUUAGCCUCUUUAUUGACUCAGUUAUGAACUUUUCAAAGAAAACCUUUACGUGUUCCGCCACUAAGGAUGACUUUUCGGUGAAGGUCUGGAGACGGUGCAGACAGAAAGAAGAACUGGUGGCCCUCAGGGAGGAGGAGAUGGAUCAGAUCCUGGCUAUGGACAGUUAUCUCACUUACAGCACCAUCUGGGCUGUGGGAAAGGCCUUAAAUUUGGCUCAUAUCUCCACAUUCAAGAGAUCAGUGAAGCACAGAGGCAUGAAGGUAGAAACUCCAAAGCUGACAGCUUGGCAGCUUCACCCUUCCCUUCAAAGCCCUCAGUUUCGCAAUAAUUCCAUAGUUGGGGUAUAUUUGGAUGAGAAAGGAGAUCUGACGGCUGACCUGGACAUUUUGAACUGGAUUGUUUUCCCAAACAAAUCUGUUAAGAGAAUGAAAACUGGAAGUCUAGAAAAACAGACAACGCAGGAUUUAAAAGUUACCAUUGACCAGAAGAAGGUCAACAAGAACCCUCAGCUUUUGCACAAUCUCACACUUGGCUACAACAUGCACAACAACUAUUUGAACGCCCUUGGCACUUUGGAUGCCUUGCUGGACAUGCUCUCGACUGGGGAAGCCAACGUUCCCAACUACAGGGGACCAUCUCCACUCAGGAAGGUGGGUGACAUGGGAGAAAAGAGUACGGAAUUCAUCCAGAGUCUUUUGAACAGUGUGCAUGGCUUUGUUUUCAUCAUAUUUCUUAAACACUUAGAAACUCCCAUUAUCAAAGCCAAUAAUCGGGAUCUCUCUUACAUUCUCCUGGUCUCCCUCUUGCUUUGCUUCUUGUCCUCCUUGAUCUUCAUUGGCCAGCCAAGGAAAGCUACCUGUCUUCUCCGACAAACAAUGUUCAGCACUGUCUUCUCAGUAGCUGUGUCUUCUGUGUUGGCCAAAACUAUAACAGUAGUACUGGCAUUCCUGGCCUCAAAACCAGGGAACAAGGUGAGAAGAUGUUUGGGGAAGAGCUUGGCCAACUCCAUUAUCCUUUCUUGUUCUGCUGUACAGAUUCUCAUUUGUGCCAUAUGGCUGGGAGUUUCUCCCCCAUUCCCUGACUCUGACUUGCAUUCCCAGCCUGGAGAGAUCAUCCUUCAAUGCAAUGAAGGGUCUGUCACUAUGUUUUAUAUUGUCCUUGGCUACAUGGGUUUCCUGGCUGCCAUUUGCUUCACAGUGGCUUUCUUGGCCAGGAACCUCCCUGGAGCCUUCAAUGAAGCCAAGUUAAUCACCUUCAGCAUGCUGGUCUUCUGCAGUGUCUGGGUCUCUUUCCUGCCCACCUACCUGAGCACCAAAGGAAAGUCCAUGGUGGUCGUGCAGGUCUUCUCCAUCUUGGCCUCCAGCGCUGGAUUGCUAGGCUGCAUCUUCUUUCCCAAGUGUUACAUUAUCAUCCUGAGACCAGAUCUAAACACUAAGGAGCAUCUAAUGAUAAAAUUAGGGAACUGA